AUGGGAGGCGCGGUGAGUGCCGGUGAAGACAACGACGAGCUGAUAGACCAUCUGAAGGAGGCGCAGUACAUCCGCUCUGAGCUGGUGGAGGCGGCCUUCCGGGCUAUUGACCGCGCGGACUAUUACCUCGAGGAAUUUAAGGAGAACGCGUACAAAGACUUGGCGUGGAAGCAUGGCAACAUCCACCUCUCCGCUCCGUGCAUCUACUCGGAGGUGAUGGAGGCCCUGGACCUGCAGCCUGGCCUUUCCUUCCUGAACCUGGGCAGCGGCACCGGCUAUCUCAGCUCCAUGGUGGGGCUUAUCCUCGGUCCUUUUGGUGUGAACCACGGGGUGGAACUCCAUUCAGAUGUGACAGAGUAUGCGAAGCAGAAGCUGGACUUUUUCAUCAGGACAAGUGACAGCUUCGACAAGUUUGACUUCUGCGAGCCCUCCUUCGUCACCGGCAAUUGCCUGGAGAUCUCUCCAGGCUGCUCCCAGUAUGACCGCGUGUACUGCGGGGCAGGCGUGCAGAAGCAGCAUGAGGGGUACAUGAAGAGCCUCCUCAAAGUCGGGGGCGUCCUGGUCAUGCCGCUGGAAGAGAAGUUGACUAAGAUAACUCGGACGGGUCCUUCUGCCUGGGAAACCAAAAAGAUUCUGGCUGUGUCUUUUGCUCCACUCAUCCAGCCCUGCCAGUCAGAGUCAGGAAAAUCAAGACUUGUCCAGUUACCGCCCCCGGCGGUUCGCAGCCUCCAGGACCUGGCACGCAUUGCCAUCCGGGGCACCAUUAAGAAGGUCAUCCACCAGGAAGCUGUGAACAAACACGGGAACGGACUGCAGACCGCUCCCAGCUUUAAUCGGAGGAGAGCUCGCCGCCGCCGCCGAAUGGAAACGAUUGUCUGUUUGGACAAGGAGGUGUUUGCCAGUCGGAUCUCCAGCCCCUCUGAUGACACCAGCUGCGGAGACCUGGAAGACGAGUGGCAAGACGAAGAGGUGACGAGCCCGCCGGACCCCAAGCCCGAGCCCCCGGUGAACUUCCUGCGUGAGAAGGUCCUGAGCCUCCCGCUGCCAGACCCCCUGAAGUGCUACCUGCUUUAUUACAGAGAAAAGUAA